GAUACAAAGACUCAGGAAGUGCCAAGCCAUGACAGCAUGGUAGACUGUUUAAGCAGAGUCAUGCUGCACACAGCUGUGUCCUGCUGGCAGCCGAUGUUGGGCUUGGCUUUGGUGACUGUUUUCGUCGGCUCCACCUUAUCCUGCCCCUCCCGCUGUGAGUGCUCUGCCCAGAGCCGUUCUGUCAUCUGCCACCGCAAGCGUCACCCAACCAUCCCAGACGGCGUGCCCAUUGACACACGAAUCCUUGACCUGAGCAAGAACAAGAUCCAAGCUGUCAAUCCUGAUGACUUUGCGCCAUACCCACAUAUCGAGGAGCUGGACCUGAGUGGAAAUGUCAUAGCCUAUGUAGAGCCAGGGGCCUUCAAUGCACUCUCCAGCCUGCACUCGCUUAGUCUGAAAAGUAAUCGCAUUCGACUCAUCUCACUGGGCGUUUUCACAGGUCUCUCCAACCUUACAACACUCGACAUUAGUGACAACAAGAUUGUCAUCUUGGUGGAUUAUAUGUUCCAGGAUUUGCACAGUCUCAAGUCUCUGGAGGUGGGUGACAAUGAGUUGGUCUACAUUUCCCACAGGGCCUUUGUAGGCUUAAUGUCCUUAGAGAGUCUGACACUGGAACGCUGCAACCUGACGGAAGUCCCUACUGAGGCCCUGUCCCACCUACACAACCUGGUGACACUUCGCAUGCGAUACCUCAGCAUCCCUAGUCUACGGCCCUAUGCCUUCAAAAAGCUGUUCCAGCUGCGACACCUGGAGAUUGACAGUUGGCCUUCCCUUGAUACCAUGCCAGCUAACACUCUGCAUGGGCUGAACCUUACCACACUGUCCAUCACUAACACCAAUCUCUCAACCUUCCCCUACCAGGCUUUGCGCCAUCUGCCUUACCUCACGCACCUCAACCUCUCCUACUGCCGCAUCCGGACAGUGGAGGGGGGCCUGCUUCAGGACUUGGUGAGGUUGCGUGAGCUACGGUUGGUGGGUGCCCAGCUGGUCACUGUGGAGCUCCAUGCUUUCCAAGGCUUGCGUGAGCUCAGAGUGCUCAACAUCUCCCAUAACCAGCUGGAUACUCUGGAGAAGGGAGUCUUCCAGGCACCCGAGGCCCUGGACAUGCUGCUAAUAGAUGACAACCCUCUGGUGUGUGAUUGCCGACUCAUGUGGCUCCUGCAAAGGCGGCAUUCAAUUUCUUUCGGUGAAGCACAGCCUGAAUGCAGCACACCAGAAGGCAUACGUGGACGUCCCUUCAGGGAGUUUAAGGAAACGCUGCUCUCCUACUAUGUAACAUGCACCAAGCCCAAGAUACGUGAAAACCGAACACAGAUGGUAUCUGUGGAGGAGGGCCAGUCAGCACGGCUACAGUGUAGUGCAGAAGGAACACCAAGGCCCACCGUGUCAUGGGUGACACCACGCCGGCGUCAUUUGACAACCAAGCAUCAUGGCAGGGUGACAGUCCACAACAAUGGUUCGCUAGACAUCAAGGUAGUGGAGGUACAGGAUGCUGGCGUUUACAUGUGUGUGGCUUCUAACACAGCAGGUAAUGACACCCUGAUGGUGUCUCUAGCAGUGAAGAGUCUGGGCUCACUGUAUGCCAACAGGACCCAGUUCUACAUGGACCCAAGCAACAGCACUGCCAAUGGAACAAACCUUCCAAACAUGACUUUUGGUCUGGACUUGAAGACCAUCUUGGUGUCGACAGCUAUGGGCUGUUUCACAUUUUUGGGGGUAGUGCUGUUCUGCUUUUUGCUCCUGUUUGUGUGGAGUCGGGGCAAAGGCAAACAUAAAACCAACAUAGAUAUUGAGUAUGUGCCACGUUCCAAGUCUAACGGCUCCUCAGCAGAAGGAGUUGAGCAGAGCAGUGGCCAGCGGCGCUUUAACAUGAAAAUGAUUUAA